CGUUAAGUUCAAAUAAACUCUUCCAAUAGGGCCUUAUAUAAUGGAAGGGCCAUUGUCAUGAAUAUCAAGCAUCCAAUUGAUGUUAAUUGGGGGUCAAGUAAAAGAGAGUCACAAGACAGCUUACACAUGGUGUGACUGUAUGACCAAAUGGUAUAUCUGAUAUCACCCAUCCGUUGUUGUCCCCACAGAGCAUAAUUUUUCUUCUUCAUACAUUAAGCAUAUCGGUUCCAGGUCCAACCCCAUCAAUCACAUGUGUGGGUGCAUGUGUUAUAUAUAAGUGCUGGCAGAAAUGUCAAACUAGUCCCAAACCAGCUAUAGCAUAAGUAGAACUACUUGUAUCAGCCAACUAUGCAAGCAUUUUCAGACUACUUCUAAGCACAGAUAAAAUCACUUCUGACUCUCUUCAUAUAUCAUCAUACUUCAGCAAAAGUAUCAACCACGAAUGCAAUGGAAGCUGUGAAGCUGGUCUCUAGUGAUGAGAGAACAGACACUUACAGAGUUGCUUACAUAAUCCAUUUCUUGCUUGGUGCUGGAAACUUGCUUCCUUGGAAUGCCUUGAUCACAGCAGUUGAUUACUUCUACUACCUCUACCCGACUGAACACAUCGAAAGGGUUUUCUCGGUGGCUUACAUGAUUUCAUCAGUGCUGGUGCUUCUUGUGAUGAUAAGUUGGAGAAGUUGGAGCAAAACAACAUUGAGGUUGAGAUUGAACUUGGGAUUCUCCAUGUUUGUUGUGUCUCUAAUGGUAGCGCCGGUGAUCGACUGGACCUCCAGCAGCACCAGUCUGGAAGAGAGACCGAGCGGUGCCUUAGGUUUGACAGUUGCAGCUGUGGUAGUGUGUGGUUUAGCAGAUGGCUUGGUAGGUGGAAGCUUGAUAGGAUCAGCUGGAAAACUCCCCAAACAGUAUAUGCAAGCUGUUUUUGCAGGAACUGCUUCCUCAGGUAUUAUAAUUUCAAUCUUGAGGAUCAUAACCAAGGCAUCACUCCCACAAACCCCAAAGGGACUCAAGAUAAGUGCCCACUUGUACUUCAUGGUAGCCAUAGUUUUCCUCGUGUGUUGCAUUGUCUUUAGCAACUUGCAGCACAAGUUACCAGUCAUGCAGCAGUAUCAGCAGAGGCUUCUUCAGGAGAACAACACCGUAUGCUCAGGGACAAAAUUUUGGGCAGUGGCAGCUAAAAUUAAGGGACCAGCUUUUGGGAUUUUCAUAAUCUACAUAGUGACUCUGUCUAUUUUCCCAGGAUUUAUUGCAGAAGAUCUUGAAUCUGAGCUUCUUAAGGAUUGGUAUCCUAUUAUACUGAUUACAGUUUAUAAUUUAGCAGAUCUUACAGGGAAGUCAUUAACUGCCUUCUGUGUUCCACAAUCUAUCACAAAAGCAAUAUGGGCUGCCACAACAAGGCUUCUUUUCUAUCCAAUGUUUGUAGUUUGUCUUCAUGGACCAAAGUGGCUGAAAACAGAAGUGCCAAUAGUGGUUUUGACAUUUCUGCUUGGAUUUACAAAUGGGUACCUCACCAGUGUACUUAUGAUUCUAGCUCCCAAGUCAGUGCCCUUCUCAGAAUCAGAGUUAUCUGCUAUUGUGAUGAUUGCGUUCCUUGGCUUUGGCUUGGUUGGUGGUUCAAUACUUGGCUGGUUCUGGGUCUUAUGAUAGUCUAAUAAAAUGUGCAAUAGAAAGUAGCAAUCAUUGUAACAAAUCCAUAAACUGAGAAUGGGAUUUUAAAUUAGUGUUAUUAUAAAUAGUUCAGUCUUGUAACGAAAUGCAAACAAGUCUCUUUAGCUGGAGUCAUUACAAUGAAGUUUCUUAUUCUACAAGUAUGAUUACAAUGUCAUACAACACCUCUGUAAAUUGAAG